AUGCCUGGUCAACGCAUCAUCCUCUUUAUUGCUGCACAGGCUUUUUUUGCUGGACUUGCAUUGUUUCUUGCCAAUUCGCCGUAUCUCAACAUGUCCUUCUCACCGAACGCUAGCCAGCCAUGGGCAGAUGGACCUAUGAAGCUGGUGGCAACACCUCAAUAUGAGACUAAGAAGACCGACCUUUUCACCACCGGGGCUACUCAUAUGGCGCUUUUACACAACGCCAUCAUCCGUGGUUUCAAUUCCAUUUAUCUUCAGGCCCCUCAUGUCAAGGACGCUGACAAGGCCGACUUCAUUGGGUAUUCUCAGACCUGGUUCCGUUUCGUGAAGUCUCACCACGAUGAUGAGGAAGACAAUCUGUUCCCUAAGGUCCAAGAAUUACUUGGCGAUGAACAUGCUUGGGAUGAAACACACCAGGAGCAUGAGUCUUUCCUCGGCCCCCUCGCCGAAUUCAACACAUACCUCUCUAACCUCGCCUCUCCUGCCGACCUCGACGGUGCUCAAGUUGUAAAACUCAUGGACGCUUUCAAGAAGGACUUCGAGCACCACUUCCACAGUGAAAUCAUCACCAUCGCCGCUCUAUCAAACCACCCCAAGGCCCCCAAGGAAGAUAGCCCCGAGGGCGCUGCCGCCAGCUUGACGUUCAAGACAUGGGGAAAGAAGACAGUCACCAAAGCCGGUGUGCUCGACGUCGUGCCCUUCUUCCUAUUGAACUUAGACCGAACAGCUGAGGAGGGUAUGUGGGCCAAUUGGCCCCCAAUGCCUGCACCUAUCUCGUGGGGUCUGACAAAUAUCGCGGGUUCGUGGUAUGGGAAGUGGUGGAAGUUUUCGAGCUGUGAUUCCCAAGGCAAGCCCCAGGAGCUAUAUGCUCUUCGUGGCUUGAAGCAGUGA